GACAGCUCGGGGACGAGCUUCUCCUGUUGGGUGGGAGGAGGCUGAGGAGAGGAGACGGUGUGUCAACUGUGCCGUGGUUGGAGUUCUCCAGAUCUGAUAUCCCCUCGACACCAUUUUUUGUGUGAUAUCCAUGGAUAUGGAAGUGAAUACGAAGCGAUUUAUUGUAUGAUUUCAAUGAGACUAGUCAGGGUCAUUAAAUGUGAUAAACCCAAUGUUGGCAUAUUCUUUGGUAUAAACAUAUACUAUUAGUAUCACAGUUAUUAUGGCCACUAGGUGAUGCUAAGCCGAUGUCAUCAUACAGUUUACUGACCAUCACAAAUAAAAUGUCGCUCAAUGUUCAGAAUAAAUUACACAGCUGCUUCCUGAUGGAUCCGAAAGUGAGCUUGGCUGUUGGUAAUUAGCGACAUCUUUCGCGUCCAGCGUGUACUUCGUACUUCCUCCAAGCAAUUCUUUACAGAUGUCGAUAGGGAUCGGUAGUGUUUGUUGCGUCUCGUUCUGUGUCAGAUAGAAUAGGUUAAUCGGUAUUAUUUUUAAAUUAAACCAACGUGAGUGUGACAGUAAUGGAGUCGGUAUAUCAAAAGGAACAUUGUUCAUGGGUUUCAGAAAAAAUAUGUCUCCGGGAUUAUUUCUCCGCGUUUUCAGCUGCAAUAUCAACGAUAGGCAGUUGUAAAAACAUUGGUUCAUAUACAAGUAAAGUUGAUGAGACAAAUAAUAACAUAAUGGAAUUAAUGGAUGUUUCAUUUACUAACGAUGAAAUGAAAAUACUGUCGGAAACUUUAUAAACCAACUGAAAGUGCCAGGUGAACCCCCACUUGUUGAUGUUAAAUGUGUAAAAGCAAGACCAGGGUUGUAUGACAAGUCCAGAAUACCAGAAGCAGCUUCAGACUUGGAGACUAUAAAACGCCUCAGCAAACGGAUUAUGAAUGUGGAAACAAUAGGACAGCUUAAAUACCGCAGUAGCAUUUGGCUUAGAGAUGAUUUGUUCCAGGCUGCGGAUCUAGAAAUUGGAAAGCACUUUCUUGUUACAGUACGUGUUUAUCAUCCCUUUUGUCACAAAAUUGGUAUGCGCAACACCCAUGGUCCUCGCUGCAGUCAGGAGAUAGUUCUUUUAGGAAAUCAAAUGCUUACUGAUCUGAGGGAUAAGAUCCUUUGUCCUUCUGACUUAGCUGUUUCGUCUGAAGUGAGUGAAAAUCCUGACCAAAACGUCACACAAAAGACAACGGAUGAAUACAAGUCUGGUUUUAUUUUCAUUGAAGACACUUUCUACAGCGAUUAUAGAGACCCUACAAAUCGUGACUAUAGCCGUGUAAUCAGAGAGUGGGCCGCUAGUCAUGAUUUAGGACCAUUUCAGACGGGUGUCAUGGAGAAAACAAAGUUUGAAGCCCUGACAGUGAGACUGGGUUAUCCAUACGUGUAUCAGCAUCAAGGGAACUGUGAACACCUGAUAGUGUUUAGUGACUUAAGACUGCUUCAUGUAAGUGAUUCAUUGUCACUUCAGAACUAUCCCUGCUGUCGCAGCAUUAGCUCAGCAAAUGCCCGAUACUGCAUGAUUUGUAACUACUACGUUGCUCGGUGGAUUACUUUUGAAAAUGAGAGAGUGCCUUUUGAUCCCUGCUUCUUUUGUGAGCAUUGCUUCCGAUCGUACAACUACGUCGAUGGGAAGAAAGUUGGUAAUUUUAAGGCUUAUCCAUUUUAUGAUAAAACUGCUUUGUAGUGAUGAAGCAAAUGAGAACAUUCUGUAUUUAUUUUGUAUCUUCAUAUUUGUUGUCAAGUAAUAUUAUAAUCUUUUGUACAGAAUUAAUGGCACAAAUGAAAGAAAGAAAUGAUUAUUAAUUCCA